GAGUCCAAGGGGAGAGACCUGGUCGGGAUACGCCGGGACAGCUCGCUCGCAGCUAUGCCCACGCUGGAGGUGCCCGCGCUGGAGGAGCUAGAAGUGGAUGAGGUAAAUGUAACCUCAGCUGUACUGAAAGCAGCAGCUCAUCAUUAUGGCUCACAGUGUGACAAGCCCAACAAGGAGUUCAUGCUUUGCCGCUGGGAAGAGAAGGACCCACGGAAAUGUUUAAAGGAAGGCAAGGAAGUGAACAAGUGUGCCAUGGACUUCUUCAGGCAGCUUAAGCUGCAUUGUGCAGAGCCAUUUACCCAGUACUGGACUUGCAUUGACUAUAAUAACCUGCUAGAACUUCGCAAGUGCCGCAAGCAGCAGCAGGUCUUUGAUGAUUGCGUCCUGGAUAAGUUGGGCUGGGUGAGACCUGAUCUGGGACAGCUGUCAAAGGUCACCAAAGUGAAGACUGACCGGCCACUGCCUGAGAAUCCCUAUCAUUCUAGGCAAAGACCACAACCAAACCCACCAACUGAAGGCGAGUUGCAGACGUCCAAAUAUGGAAGCAAGUUGUCCUUCUUUGACUUUUAAAAUGGCUAUCUUGCCUCCUUCAAAACAACACCUGAAUUCUUAAUGACUCUUUCCUGGUGUAUUUGGAACGCCCUCUGUAUUUGGUAGUCAUUAAGGAUAAUAAACUUCAAAUGGUGUGGUUUGCCUAAUGCA